CCCCCAAAUUCGCAGUUCUCAGUGUGAAAUAGUUCAGCCGCUGUGUCAUGUGCAGACAGCUAACGAGGCCCAACACUUUCUUGGCGCUGCAGCGUAUGAUCUCGGAUCGAAUGAGGGGGAAGCAGAACAGGUUCAACAAAAUGUCUGGGGCACCUCAUAUCCAACGGAAAGAGAUGCUCCAUUUCUAGAAAAUCCUGUCAUCGUUGACGAGUCUUCCCAAAGUUCUGAGAGGAGCAAUACGUUUGCUGAAGAACUCAAAGCAUGGGCAUUAAAUUCCACGAUAACUCAUACCGACCUCACAGCACUGCUCAAGCUUCUAAAGAAACAACAAUCUUUGCCCUUUUUACCUGCGUGUGCGAGAACGUUGCUCCAAACACCACGAUAUGCUGCUGGCGUUAAGGUAAUGGGGGAUGGCAAAUACUGCCACUUUGGUUUGGCAACAGGGCUUCAGUAUGAACUGCAAGGACUUCAAACUGUCCCUGAUGUGAUUUCUAUCAAUGUCAACGUUGAUGGCCUGCCACUUUCCAAGAGCACAGCAGAUCAGUUUUGGCCCAUUUUAUGUAUUGUUACAAAUUGUGGUCAAACUUCUCCUUUUCCUAUUGGAGUGUAUUACGGAAAAUCAAAGAACGUGUGCCCGAACACGUUUCUUGAGCCAUUUGUAUCGGAACUUAAGGAGCUGUUGGAAAGUGGGGUUUCAGUAAAUGGCACAACAGUGGCACUAAAACUAUCAGCUGUGGUGUGUGAUGCUCCUGCAAAAGCCUACAUUCUUGGGAUCAAAAGCCACAAUGCUUAUUUCAGUUGCUCAAAGUGUACAACUGAAGGUGUGUACCAGCAAGGCCGGAUGUGCUUUCCAGAGCUUAAUGCUGAGGUUAUGACGGAUGAGCAGUUUCGUAGUGGUGCGAAUGAACAUCACCACGUGAAUGAGACAAUUCUAAAGGAACUUCCUAUAGAUUUGAUUAGACAAAUCCCUCUCGAUUUUAUGCAUUUGGUCUGCUUGGGUGUUAUGCGAAAGCUACUGACGUUGUGGUUCAAAGGCAACAGGGCCUAUCGCUUAGGAAAUAACACGAAAGACCAAAUCUCUCUUUCUUUACUCAAACUGCAGCAGCAUGUAUGCUCAGACUUUUCCAGAAAGCCGAGAACUCUAACAGAAAUGGACAGAUGGAAGGCAACAGAAUUUAGAAUGCUGAUAUUAUACACAGGCCCAGUUGUUUUUCAGUCCAGAGUUCCAAGCAAUCUGCUGUCCAAUUUUAUGGUUCUCCAUGCAGCUAUAACCAUUUUGUGCAGCCACAGACUGUCCCAGGUAUAUGCAGAUUAUGCAGAGAAGUUGCUUCUCCAUUUUGUUGAAGUGUUUGCUGUGAUCUAUGGUAAGCACAUGGUAUCCCAUAAUAUCCACGGUUUAAUACAUUUGACUGAUGAUGCCCGUGCACACGGCCCGUUAGACACAUGGAGUGCCUUUCCUUUCGAAAACUUCAUGCAAACCUUAAAAUGUAUACUACGGAAACCAGACAGGCCGCUGGAGCAACUAUAUAAUCGGACUAUGGAAAGGCGGAAACUACCAAAACAGUGUCAAAGCAGUCAGUCAGAAAUACUGUGUUCUGUGAACCACACGUCAGGUCCUCUGCCGUUGAACUGUAGUGGUGACCAAUUCAAAAAAGUUGUUGUACCUAGCAUGUUCACCCUGCGUACACACAAGCGAGAUAACACCUGUUUGUUGCACGAUGGCAGAAUCAUCUGCAUUGAGAACUUUGUGCGCCUUUCGAACACUAAUGAUGUGCUUGUUAUUGGGAGGCAGUUUUUGAACACUGGUGAUCUCUAUACUCAUCCGUGCCGUUCUUCACUGUUCGGCAUAUACACAUCUCGCUCGCUUUCUGCUCUGUGUUCCUGGCCAUUAGCUGAUGUUCGUCAGAAAUGUAUCCGGUUACCAUUCCGAAACCAAUAUGCCAUCUUCCCCCUUGUUCAUUCUGUGCAAUGAUGUAGCCAAGUUGAUGUGUGUGUGUGUGUUUGUGAGUGCAUUUGAUCAAGUGACUGUGAAUGUGCCUAGAGUUGGACCAAUUAGUUACCAGUGGUCUGCAUCCGAUCAAAGGUGCGCCUUCAGUGGGACUACGUCAUGUUACCACACACAAUUAUGAACUGAUAUAUCGGUAUGUCACAUAGGUUCACCCAAAUAUUGGAUCGUAAAGUUUCCAGAAGAACGAAAUUCUAUUGCCAUCGUACAUGCUACCUGGAUGCAGAAUGGCAAAUGUGCUUGGCCUAAUGAGAAGGACCCAAGACGUCUGCAGCAAAUAACUAUGAAAGGCCUGAAGCCACAGAGCAGCUGGUUGACGUAUGACUGCACUCGGGUUUUUGCUUUUGACACAUAUGAUGCCGCAAGAAGAAAGCUGGCACAAGCAGAGGAUACGUCAGACCUGUGUAGCGAGAACGAAUUAGGUAGAGGGAAAAGAAAGAAAAAGCGCAAAGUACAGAGUGAAGAGGAGGUAGAAGACAACGAAUUGCCUGCAUUUUACCCAGAUGAACUGAGCAACAGCUCUGGGGAUGAAGUCUGUACGCCAACACCACGUUCACUUCCAACGCCACCACAGAGACCACCAACACCACCUCGCUCUGCAUUCUUUGCUACAAGCUCCAAAGGACCUGCGCAUGGAAGUGGGAAUUUCAGCGGACACACUGCGACCCCUGGCAGCACCUACGGCAAUGACGGUGCAUUUCCGUCACAGAGUACAAGUCUUCAAAUGCACGAUACAGAAAAUUAUACAGUAGUAGUUCAGGCCAGUACAAACUUCAAAAAGGUAUGUAUCCACAGAUGGGCCCAAGUGCUACAAAGGUGACAACAAACCACCAGUAUGUCCCACGUCAGGGAAGGCUGUACCAGGAUUUGCAAGAGCGGCGACAUCGCAGAUGUGAAGUAGCACAGCAACAGCCCGCAUCACGAACUUUGCACCCAUCCUCCGCUGCUUGCAGUUUUUCACAUCAGAGUUUUGCAGCACAUGAAAUCCAGCAGGUAGAGCCCUUAGUGCAAGUACGACAGCUGGCUCAAACUCCUCAGUCAGGUAAUCAUUAUGGUGAAACACAACAUAUGCCACAGCUGUCACCUGCAGAAAUAAGGCACCCACCUUCUAACGAUGAAUUACUACACCAGAGUUUUGCUAGCCGACAAGACGCUUCCAGUGCAGUCCAAGAGCAAACACCUGUUCGCAGAACUAGCCAUGGAAGUGAUGGAACUCAUUAUGGAUUCUAUCAAGAAAUAUUAAAGCUCCUACACACGAUGAGGCUUACGUUGCAGUCGCACACUGAGCACCUGCUGAUGGUCCUUGAGAAGCUUAGUAGCAGGACUGCUACCACUGAAAUGGUGCAACCUGACAUCAUUGACGAGCCUUUCAAAACAACGGAAGCGUUCUUACGUUUUGAGGAGGAACUGAAAGAAAGCUCUGAGAAGAGGAAUCGGCUAAAACUAUUCAUGAAGUUUGUCGGUGGUGCCACUGUGGGGGAGCGUACAUUUAGAAUUUUGUCACGACUGCUGUCCCCUGCCGUCGGUAAGGAGUUCAGCCUUCAUGGAACAAAAGGAAAGCUGAAGUUCAGUGACCUACAAACCUGGAGGGUGUUGUGCUAUUCCUUGGCACCUGAAGACCAAGCAAAGGUUUCAAGCAAGGGAACCCUUAAAGAAAUCGAGAAGGCUACACAGUCAUGGCUGCGUCAUGCACCAGAGUCUCACAGAAGGCAGCAGGCAAGACAAGCUGCGGAAAACGCAGAUAGCUUGUGAUACCAUAACCUAAGAACUUUUUUGCAAACUGAAAACAUUUUUUUCGUCAUGCAUCAUUUGAAGCCCCUUGUGAUACUGCGAGUUCUAACUGUGGCGAAAACUGUUUCAAAUGUUGUUUUCGACCCUACAUGAUCUGUGAUACUUUGUGAUACCAUGUGCUGCUAAGACUGCAUAUUAAUCUUCCUGUUGUGUUUCUGUCGUGCAUUACCCUUGACGUUUUAUUACUGUGUGCAAAAUACUAUGACACCAACACGUCAGUUCUUUUUGUUUGUUUUUUCAUACAUUGCUGCCCGUUUGCGGAGUAUAUAUAUAUGCAGAUUACUGUUAAAAUUCGAAUUCAGCAUUUAUUUCCAGUGUUUUUAGUAGUUUAUAUAUAUAUAUAUAUAUAUGUAUGUAUGUACGUGUGCGUGUGUGGGUAAAAAGGCUGAUAUAUCAGAUGGCUACUC